CAAAAAAUAUUUUGUAAUUUUCUUAUUUGUAAAGUUUAAGUGAAAAAUAAGUUUAAUUUUAUUUUGAAAUUGAUGAAUUAAUAAUAAAUUACUACAAACCUAGUGCAUAUUAAUAUAAUACCGAAAAUGACGGGUCAUGUAUCUAUAAGGUUAGCUUCAGAGCGAGUAAACCAUUCUGUGGCCGCAAAUAACGAACUACCAAGGUUCUAUACUCCAGGAGAAGUUAUUUGUGGGAUGCAAGACUUUAUGCGUGGCCAUGGAACUUACACAGAAGAUGAUUGUCUCAAGUCCUCAGUUGCUGGAGUAAUGCAGAAAGUUAAUAAACUCAUAUGUGUAAGACCCCUCAAGAGUCGGUAUGUGGGUGAAAUUGGUGAUGUGAUAGUCGGCAGGGUGUUAGAAGUGCAGCAAAAGAGAUGGAAGGUGGAGACAAACUCUCGCUUGGACUCUAUACUUCAACUUUCAUCUGUUAAUCUUCCUGGUGGAGAAUUGCGCAGGAGAUCAGCAGAGGAUGAGCAAAUGAUGAGAAAGCAUCUUCAGGAAGGGGACCUCAUCAGUGCAGAAGUACAAAGUGUUUUCUCAGAUGGAUCACUAUCUCUACAUACCAGGAGCUUAAAAUAUGGCAAGUUGUCACAAGGAAUAUUGGUAAAAGUAUUUCCAUCACUAAUUCGUAGACGGAAAAAUCAUUUCCACAAUUUACCGUGUGGCAUUUCUAUCAUUAUUGGCAACAAUGGCUACAUUUGGCUCAGUCCUCAAAGGCAAGAUGUGUCAUUUGAAGAUAACAAGGAAGAAGUGGAAAAUUAUGAGCUUCAAGUUGUAAGUCGUUCUGAUCGUGAAGUUGUGGCAAGAUUAAAAAACUGUAUAGCCGCAUUAGUUGCUUCCAAGAUGAUGUUAGAUGACACAAGCAUCAUGUUUGCAUAUGAAGAAAGUUUAAAAUAUGAAUUUGUUAAAGACCUCCUCGAUCCAGAAGCAAUGUUAGAUGUUGCAUUUUUAACUCAACAUAGGCUUCAUAUUGCCAUGGAAGAGUAAGUUAAAGAAUGAAGCAAAUACAAGCUUUAAGAA